AUGAUACCUGACCGUUUCUAUCUUGCAUGCGCGCUUGGUCCGCUGCCCCGUGCUCGCAUCCGACCCGCAGGUCUGGCCAACCUAGGCACUACGUGCUACCUCAAUAGUCUUAUUCAGACCAUGUUUUUCACCCCCUUGCUCCGCGAGCGACUCUUUCAACUCAAGCCUGCAGAGUUGGGCGUGACCAAGCCAGACCAGGAGCGACAACCCACUGAGGCGGCCGUACGCCGAAUCCCCUGGGCCCUUCUGCGCCUUUUCGCACGCAUGGCUGCCUCGAAUGCGGCGGUCAUAGAACUACAGGAGCUGACACAAUCCUUCGGCUGGACCAGAUCUCAGGAAAUCCAGCAGCAGGACGUUCAAGAGCUCAAUCGUGUGCUCUUUGAUGCCGUUGAGCGGUCUCUCGUGGGCACAUCCGGCAGUACCGUCAUUGAUGAACUCUACGCUGGCGAGGAUGUGGGCUUUGUCCAAUGCACCGAAUGUGGGCACCGCUCCGAGCGCAAAGAAAAGUUUCACGACAUUGGUGUCACUGUCAAAGGCAAAAAUGGCCUCAUUGCCGGCCUCAAAGACUUCACGAACAUUGAAAUUUUAGAGGGCAACAACAAGUAUCACUGCAGCGGCUGUGAUCAAAAAGUCGUUGCUCACAAAGGAACGCGCUUUGGCCGGUUACCACCCAUUCUGACCUUCAAUCUGAUGCGCUUCAGUUUCGAUUGGAACCGCAAUGUGCGGGAGAAGGAAACUAACAAGUACCCCUUUCCGGUCCAUCUCGAUAUGCGCCCCUUCUGUACCGAGGAUCAAGAUUUGAAUUACGACUAUGAGCUCUUCUCGGUGGUCGUGCACCGAGGUGGGGCACAUGGCGGCCACUACUACGCCUUUGUGCGCGACCUCAUGCACGAAGGCCAAUGGACCAAGCCCAGCGGCGGACACAAGAAAGUGCAAAAAACAGAUUACUUGAACCACGACCACCCUGUCGAUGUCCUGCACAACUUGCUGCUCGACGUGCGUUCGAGCACCGUUUUGAUCCGCUUUUGGCAGAUGAUGGAGGAACGUACAGGGCAGAGCUGGAACAAACGCUACAAAAAAGGCUUUGGGCCGCUCAUCAAAUUUGUUCGUCGCCACCCGAAUGUGUUUGAGCUGGAUGAAAACCUCGGGACCCUGGGAUUGACCCCAGCUGCCCUGGUCACUCCCGUGGGCAAGGCUCGCACCUUGAAGAAACCGGCCGCGGACGCGGACGCUGAAACUAGCACCGCCAGUCCCACGGGCUCUGAUUCGCACGGCCCUGGCGGUGUCAAGAGACCUCAGACUGCUCGGUGGUUCUGCGUGAACGACGAUCGCGUCACUCCCGCGGACUGGAAACAGAUUGAAGCGGUCUUUGGUGGCACCGAAUGUGCGUACAUGCUCUUCUAUAUUCAAACCAAACAUUGCCCGACCGGGGGUCCGACGCCUGAGCCGCCAAGUGUGCCCGAGGUCAGCUUCGUGGCGCCCUUGCCUUGCUCUUCCUGCCACGCUUCUCUUACUUUGACGCUUCAGCAAGUUACUGGGUGGGGCAAACGACAGACAGACAGACAGACAGACAGACAGACAGACAGACAGACAGAGACCAAGCAAAUGUCGAUGUGUGAUUGA